AUGUCGUAUCAAACGUUUGACGCAAGAGGUUUUACUGAAACUGCUUUGGAGAAUGCCGAUGAAGGGAACAGUACGCUGUUUCCAUUUGGCAAACCGGUCAGAUGGUCAAAUACUCGAACGCAAAUGGUGUUCAUCCGUAAAACGUACACUGUUUUUGCAUUUCAACUCUUGGCGAUAACUGUCGCCUGUCUGCUAUUUCUUCGUAAGGAAGACUGGCGGCUAUUCGUCGUUCGGCACUUGUGGUUAUGGGGAGUAUCCCUGUUCUUCACCUUUUUACUGCUCGUCGGCCUAACAUACAAAUCGAAUGAUGAGUUUCAACCGCCGAUAUUCCUUGUCUUUAUCUAUACUAUCAUUGAUACCUAUACGAUUGCUGGUUUCAUCGCAGUGUUCAAGAUGGAGCCGUUGCUUGAUGCUCUAAUCCUGACUACAGUGGGUUCAGUCGCAGUUUUGGCUUUUACAUGCCAAUAUACAUUAAAAUAUAGGACUAGUAACUCUGUUAAAUUUGCAAUCUUCGUUGUUACUGUCGCCGGAAUAGUCAUGCACCCACUGUGCUUCUCCCUGUUUGAUGGACUGAUUGCAUUGCCAAUUGCAAUUGCUCUUACUGCUUUCUUCAUCCUGGAUUCUUGGUAUUUGAUGCAAACGCUGAGCUCGACCGAGUACUGGGCGGCAGCGAUGCAACUACAUUUGGAUCUUGUUGUACCUCUGAAAAGCUUACAUCAUAUGUGUGAAAUAAGUGCUACUGAUUGA